AUUUAUUAUUGUCUUACAACUCAAACCUCUCUUCUAAUUACUUCUUUCUGCAACUUCAUGACAGGUUUCUCACUUUCUUGGUGCCAGACAUUUGACUGAACCCACAAAUCAAACAUAAACCCAGCAACCCCCUUUCACUAAAAUCAGCUAAGCAAAAAUGGUGGAAAGUAGAAAUGAUCAUCAGAGAUCAUCAACAACAACAACGACAACAGUUAAGAAGAGGGGAAGGUUUGGAUGUUUAUGCAGAAAAGAAGAUUUCUUUCCGGAAGAAUCAUUCCAGAGCUGGAAGAGUUAUGCAAAAGCAUUAGGAGAAACAAAGAUGAGAUUGAAAGAUAGAUUAACAACAAGAUCAAGUAGUGAACAAGAAGUAAAUGAGAUGAGUGAUAGAAGCCAGAAUCAGAUGAAGAAGACUUUGAAUUGGUGGGAUUUGAUCUGGUUUGGGUUUGGUGCUGUUUUUGGUGCUGGAAUCUUUGUGUUAACUGGUUUAGAAGCAAAUAGAGAUGCUGGACCUGCUAUUGUUUUGUCUUUCUUGGUUUCUGGUGUUUCGGCCAUGCUCUGUGUCUUCUGUUACACUGAGUUUGCUUGCGAGAUUCCUGUUGCAGGAGGAUCAUUUGCUUAUAUAAGGGUGGAGAUGGGUGACUUCUUUGCUUUCAUUGCCGCUGGUAACAUACUCUUUGAGUAUAUUGUUGGAGGAGCAAGUGUUGCCCGCACUUGGACAUCUUAUUUCGCUACCCUUUGCAACCGUAAUCCAGAUGAUUUUCGUAUAUAUAUUCCAGCUCUUGCUGAAAACUUUAACCAUCUUGACCCGCUGGCUGUCGUCAUCCCUAUUCUGAUAGGUACUGCUGCUGCUCUUAGUACAAAAGGAUCGUCUCGUUUCAAUUCCGUGGCAGCCAUAGUGAAUGUUGGAGUUAUUCUACUCAUUUUAAUAGCUGGUCUCAUGCAUGCAAACACUGAAAAUUUUACCAGCAACUUUGCACCUUAUGGUCCAAGAGGAGUAUUUACAGCUUCAGCAGUUCUCUUCUUUUCUUAUAUUGGAUUUGAUGCGGUAGCAACGAUGGCGGAAGAAACGAAAAACCCAGGAAAGGAUAUCCCAAUUGGACUUCUGGGUUCCAUGAGUUUCAUCAUAUGUGUUUAUUGUGCACUAUCUGUCACCUUGUGCUUAAUGCAGUCUUAUACUGUGAUAGACAUUAGUGCACCAUUUUCCUUGGCAUUUCAAGCUGUAGGAUUGAAUUGGGCCAAGUACUUAGUAGCUGUAGGAGCAGUAAUUGGUAUGUCCACAAAUUUACUUGCUAAUAUCAUCGGUCAAUCGCGAUAUUUCACGCAUAUCGGCAGGACUCACAUGGCCCCUCCGUGGCUUGCAGCAAUUAACGAGAGAACAGGAACACCGGUGAACGCCACAAUAGUGAUGACCCUUGCAAAUUGUCUUGUAGGGUUGUUCACUGAUCUCAGUAUUCUGUCCAACCUUCUCUCAAUAGCUACGUUGUUCAUAUUUUCCUUAGUUGCAGUGUCACUCCUCAUUCGAAGAUAUUAUGUCGCAGGAGUGACUUCAAAUGCAGACAGAAAUAAGUUCAUUGGGUUCCUAGCACUGAUUGUAUUAUCUUCCAUUGGUACAUCCGUUUACUGGGCAGUCAGUAAUGGUUGGAUCGGUUACAUCCCGACGGUUUUGAUAUGGUUUUUAUCCACUCUGGGUUUGAAAGUGAUGGUCAAGCAAGCUAGACAGCCGAAGUUGUGGGGAGUUCCAUUGGUGCCUUGGUUACCAUCAGCUACAAUUGCCAUGAAUAUGUUCUUGCUGGGUUCAUUAGAUGCAGCUUCUUUUAUUAGAUUUGGGAUUUGGACAGGGAUUUUACUUGUCUACUACUUUUUGGUUGGGCUUCAUGCAUCCUAUGACUCGGCAAAAGAAGUAAGCCGAGGGAAGGAAGCAGCAGCACAGUUGAAGAAUUUAGAAUCUGGUCAACCUGUUAACGCAGUGAUUCCAGCUUGAUCUAACCUGAACUGCAGUAACAGUGAGUGUGUGCUUAUGUAUGCGAGACUGACCUAGCAAAAAAAAAAAGCUUAUGUAUGCGAGAGAGAUGUAACUUAAUUGUUUCUCUUGUUUUAACUUUGAUUCAAAAUGAUAAAAAUUUGGUAAA